AUGGCGGACCAAGAUGCCUCAAUGGAGUCUGAUCGUAACAGUGGCGAGAAACGCGAUUAUCCAGUAAGAUGGUACCACUCGACCUUCUUCAACAUCACCAUUCUGGGCCUCUGCAACUUCAGUGCCCCCGGGAUAUGGGGAGCAAUGAAUUCGCUGGGUGCAGGAGGUGCACAAUCGCCCCAUCUUGUAAACGCUGGAAACGCUCUCACAUUCUGCUUAAUGGUACUCAGUUGCUAUUUUAGCAGCGUGAUAGUGAGGUAUAUUGGUAUCAAGGGUGCGCUCAUUUUUGGAACUAUCGGCUAUGCACCCUACGCUGCAGCGCUUUACACUAACAACAGAUUCGGUACCGAGUGGUUCAUCUACCUCGGCUCCUCGCUCUGCGGCAUAUCCGCAGGUGUUUUCUGGAUGGCGGAAGCUGCUAUUGCGAUUGCAUAUCCUGAGCCGUGGAACAAGGGGAAAGCACUAGGAUACUGGCUGACAUACCGUCUCGGAGGUCAAAUCCUCGGCGGAGCAAUCAAUCUGGGACUAAAUGCUCAUCGCGAUAAAGCUGGGUCGGUAACUUAUACCGUCUAUCUCGUUUUCAUUGCAUUGCAAUGUGUUGGACCCGUUGUCGCGUGGUUCCUAAAUACACCAGACAAGGUGGAAAGAAAGGAUGGGAAGAAGGUUCAACUGGCCAUCCUGGACAACCCUUGGUUCGAGAUUAAGGAAACCACCAGAUUGUUUUUCACCAAACGAUUCCUACUCAUCGUGCUGUGGAUUGGCCAAGCUGUCUUUGCAGAAGCAGUAUUCUUUACUUAUCUUGCUUUAUGGUUCUCGGUCCGCGCGCGAGCCCUAGGAUCAUUCCUCUCCGGCAUUAUUGCUGUCACCUGCGGCAAUCUACUCGGUGCAUACCUUGACCGCACCAUUAUUGCAGUUCGUGUUCGGGCCCGUACAUCCUUCUGGGUGAUAGCCGUGCUCCAAGGAGCAUGGUGGAUCUGGGCCACCGUCCUCGUUACCGAUUUCCGCCGCUCCCACCCGACCUACGAUUGGGUGUCUGAUGGGUUUGGCCGUGCAUUUGCAGUUUUUGUCUUCCUUGCAGUCGGCUUUCAGCUCAACUACCUGUUUUUGUAUUUCAUCAUCGGUAACCUGGCGACCAGCGAACCCGAAGUGAUUCGCUAUGCAGCUUUGUUGCGUGGAACUGAAUCGGCAUGGCAAGCAGUUAGCUAUGGCAUCACUUCAAUCGCCAUAUUCGCUCAAGUCGGCGCUGUAUAUUGGAAUUUUGCCCUUUGGGCUGUAUCGAUCGUGCCAGCAUGGCUAGUGGUAAGGGAAUUUGGUGGAAGUCGAGCAGCGGCAAUUGAGCAGACAGAUAGUGGCAUUGUGACGCCACCGAUCAGGGUCGAUGUCGAUACAGCGCACCACAAGUCGGUGCAGGAAUAA